AUGGACGAGUUCACAGCACUCUUGUCAUCCAUUGUUAUUUCAGAAAUUAUUCAAAAUCUGAUUGUAAAAGAUAGUUCACCUGCCAUACAUGAGGCAAUUGAUAGACUGUUCAUGGACAUAGAAAAUAUCAACAGGGAAUCUAUGGCUGAAAUACAGGAUGCUCAGGUUGAAGAAAUGGCAGUAAACCUGUGGAACUGGGCAGUUACCAAGAGAGUCGGUUUGGUUAUAAGUAAAGAGCAGAAAGCUAAAUUACGGCAUGUUGCUUGCAAGUUGCUGUGUAUGUGUGAAAGCUCAGCUGCUUCAGAAGAAGCUAUUCACAGACGGAUUUUGAUGACUAUGAAAGCAGGAAAAGGGUGGGUGGAUGUUGGAAAUGCUGUGAUCGCUGAUGAAUUUUUUCAAGCUGCUGUGGCUGGGUUGGAGCAAUUAUAUGCCAAAUUAAUGCAGAGCAGCUUCACUGAGACCCAAGUGACUAUGCAGAAGUUGGCUGUGGAGAGGAAUCUUUUCAAAGUGCUUUCUUACCAAGCAGAGUCAGCAAUUGCUCAAGAUGAUUUUCAAAGAGCAUCUACUUGUGUAAUGCGCUGCAAAGAUAUGUUAAUGAGGCUCCCUAAAAUGACUGAAUAUCUUCUUAUUCUCUGUUACAACUUUGGAGUAGAAACCCACAUGCUGAAUAAAUACGAAGAAAGUUGUUACUGGCUUAGCCAAAGCUUUGAUAUUGGGAAGAUGGAUAAGAAUUCUGUUGAGCCAGAAAUGCUGGCUAAAAUUCUACGGCUUCUAGCCACUGUUUAUUUGGAUUGGGAUGACAGAGAAUAUUAUGAUAAAGCUCUCAGUGCUAUAAACCUAGCAAACAAGGAACAUUUAAACCCAGCCGGGCUUUUCUUGAAGAUAAAAAUCCUCUUGAAGGGCGAAACAGCUAAUGAAGAACUCCUUGAAGCUUGCAUAGAAAUACUACACCUUGACAUGUCUUUAGACAUCUGUCUGAGCAUCACUAACCUGCUGAUGGAUAAUGAAAGAGAAUUUGUUGGAUUUCAUUUCCUGAAGAUUAUCUGUGAACAUUUUAAGUCAUCAGAAAAUAUUGGAAAAGCUUUAUUGCUCCACAUUGACAUACUUUUACAAAGGAAGGAAGAACUGCUUGCCAAGGAAAAGAUUGAAGAAAUCAUUGUAGGUCAGCAAACAGGAAGACCACUGCCAAAAGGAUUAGUAGGCUAUUUACACAGCAUUCUGUGGAAAAAAGCUUACAGAAGUUUUCAGAUGCACAAUUACGAUGAUGCCCUACACUGGUAUUGUUAUUCUCUGAGAAUUUAUGAAUCUGAUCAAAUGGAUAUGGAAUUCCCCAAGCUGAAGAGGAACAUGGCUUCCUGUUAUCUGCAUUUGAAACAACUUGAUAAGGCUAAAGAAGCAGUGGCAGAAGCUGAACAUCUUGAUCCUGGAAAUAUUUUCACUCAAUUUUAUCUAUUCAAGAUUGCAGUCAUAGAAGGCAAUUCUGACGGAGCUCUGAAAGCAAUUACCACUUUAGAAAAUUUAUUAACAACUGAAGCAUUAGAAGGGAAUGACCCAUUUGCAGAUACAAGUUCACCUGUCAAGAUUUUCAGUCUAGCUGCCCAGUUUGCUCUAGAGAAUGGACAACAAAUUGUGGGAGAAAAAGCUUUAGAAUAUUUAGCUCAAUAUUCAGAAGACCCAGAACAAAUCUUUACAGCUUUAAAGUGUUUGUUUCGUCUUCUUGUUCCAAAAGUUUCUGAAAUGCCAGAAUCUGAAAACAAAAAGAAAGAAAUGGAUAGACUUUUGACUUGCUUGAAUACAGCCCUCCUGAAAUUUCCUCAAUUUUUUGUUGGAGAAGACUCGACUUCAGACUCAAGGAUUAAUGAAGCUCACUGGUUUAGGAAAAUAGCUUGGAACCUAAUUUUAAAAUGCAGCAAAUUCUCACUAUUCAUUAAUGUUCUGGUUAUUUCUUAUCAGCUGUCCCAGUUUUGUCCUUCUGAUCAAGUAAUUCUGAUUGCACAGAAAACAUGUUUACUGAUGGCAGCUUCAGUUGAUCUAGAGCAAGGGAGAAAAGCUUCAACAGCUUUUGAACAGACCAGAUUUCUGAAUCGUGCACUUGAGCAGACCCAUAAAUGCAGAGACGUCUGGAAUCUCCUGAAAGAAACAGGGGAUUUCUCCAAUGAUCCAUGUGAGACAUUGCUUCUGCUAUAUGAGUUUGAAGUUAAAGCCAAAAUGAAUGACCCAUUACUGGACAGCUUCCUGGAAUCAGUGUGGGAACUGCCUCAUUUAGAAAGUAAAACAUUAGAAAUAAUUGCAAUUUUAGCAAUGGAAAUGCCUGCAUACUAUCCUUCCAUUGCUCUAAAGGCCUUGAAAAGGGCUUUAUUGCUCCACAAAAGGAAAGAAUCAUUUGAUGUUUUCAAAUACAGCAACUGUCUGCACAACUUGAUUAACCUCUUAGUGCCAGGUGGAGUGCCAAAUGCAGAACUCUGUUCCCUGGAAGAAGUUUGGGACUAUUUUGAAGAUGCGUUGAGCCACACUGUAAGUCAAACAGAAGGCUACCCAGAAAUGGAGAUUCUCUGGCUAAUGAUGAUGUCCUGGAAUGUUGGAAUAUAUAUGUAUGGCAGGAGAAAGUAUGUAUCUGCUGAAAAAUGGUGUGGCCUGUCAUUGCGUUUUCUUGACCACCUUGGCUCCCUCAAGAGAACCUAUGAAACUCAGGUAAAUAUCCUGUAUAGUGAGCUGGUGGAAGCAUUACAUAAAAACAAGGGCUCAAUUUUUCAUGAAGAGUGA